AUGAUCAAGUUGGAAAGUUCAAAGAAUUUAAAGGAAUUUUUUGUUUUUGGGUUUGAAUGUGCAGAGCGAGGGAGGAGAGUCAUGGCUAGCGCGACUGCUUCACACUUUGUGUCAAGGAGCUCACAUGUGAGCGGCCAUGGAUCAGAAACGAAGUCGAAUUUGGGUCAAAUUGGGUCAAGAAGCCAAAGCAUGACUCACAGUGGUUUAAGGUCGCUGAACAUGGUGGACAAGCUGCAACUGAGGACUCAAGCUUUUGCUAGGAAGUCUGUCAAAAAGGCUUAUGCCACUAGGAAUGACACUUCUGGAAAAAUCGUUUGUCUACAAGGAGGAAUGACUGUGGUCUUUGUUGCCGCUGAGGUUGCUCCAUGGAGUAAAACUGGUGGUCUUGGUGAUGUCGUUGGUGGACUUCCUCCAGCUCUGGCUGCAAGAGGCCACCGGGUUAUGACGAUCUCUCCCCGAUUUGACCAGUACAAAGAUGCAUGGGACACCUGUGUAUUAGUGCAGAUACAAGUUGGGGACACAGUUGAAACUGUUCGCUACUUCCACUGCUAUAAACGUGGAGUUGAUCGCGUGUUCGUGGAUCAUCCAAUGUUCCUAGCGAAGGUAUGGGGCAAAACUGGAUCCAAAAUCUAUGGUCCUAGAACUGGAGAAGAUUACCGGGAUAAUCAACUGCGGUUUAGCUUGUUCUGCCUGGCUGCUCUUGAAGCACCAAGGGUUCUGAGCUUGAACAGCGGCAAACAUUUCUCUGGACCGUAUGGAGAAGAUGUUGUCUUUGUUGCCAAUGAUUGGCACACUGCUCUCCUCCCGUGUUACUUAAAAUCGAUGUACCAAUCCAGGGGAAUUUACAUGAAUGCAAAGGUUGCCUUCUGCAUCCAUAACAUUGCUUACCAGGGUAGAUUUGCCUUCUCAGAUUUCCCACUCCUCAAUUUGCCAGCUAAGUACAAGAGCUCUUUCGACUUCAUGGAUGGGUAUAACAAGCCUGUGAAGGGAAGGAAAAUCAAUUGGAUGAAGGCUGCUAUAUUGGAAGCACACCGGGUUUUAACUGUGAGCCCUUUCUAUGCUCUGGAACUUGUUUCUGGAGUUGAGAAGGGUGUGGAAUUGGAUAACUACAUCCGUAAAAUGACCAUUACUGGUAUAGUAAAUGGUAUGGAUGUUCAAGAAUGGAAUCCUGCAGCAGAUAAAUACACUAGCAUCAAAUAUGAUAUCACAACUGUUUUCUCUGCAAAACCAUUAUUGAAGGAAGAACUUCAAGCAGAAGUUGGAUUGCCUGUUGACAGAGAUAUUCCUGUAAUAGGCUUCAUUGGUAGAUUGGAAGAGCAAAAAGGUUCAGAUAUUCUUGCCGCAGCCAUUCCAAUGCUGGUUAAAUACAAUGUGCAGAUAAUAGUCCUUGGAACUGGCAAAAAAUACAUGGAAAAGCAGAUUGCCGAGCUUGAGAAAAAUUACCCUGAUAGGGUCAGAGGAGUGGCAUUGUUCAAUGUUCGCUUGGCCCAUAUGAUCAUCGCUGGUGCUGACUUUAUGUUGAUCCCCAGUAGAUUUGAACCAUGUGGUCUCAUUCAGUUGCAUGCCAUGCGAUACGGAACGGUAUGCAUUGUUGCCUCCACUGGUGGACUUGUUGACACUGUCAAAGAAGGUUACACAGGAUUCCACAUGGGAGCCUUCAAUGUUGAGUGUGAUGUAGUUGAUCAACGAGAUGUGGCUGCAAUUGUUAAGACUGUCGUAAGAGCUCUUGCAGUCUAUGGAACUGCUGCCUUCAGAGAAAUGAUCAAGAAUUGCAUGUCCCAAGAUCUUUCAUGGAAGGGACCAGCCAGAUUGUGGGAAAAGGUUCUGUUAAGCCUAAAUGUUGUUGGCAGCAAAGCUGGCGCCGAAGGAGAUGAGAUUGCUCCACUUGCCAAGGAAAACGUUGCCACUCCUUGA